AUAUGUUGGUUGGCAAUAUAGCAACAUUGGCAACAUUUAAUAAAUUAUUACAAAAGAUGGCGGAACCAAAUAAAAGUAAUGGUGAUGGAAUAGUUAAACCAGCAGUAUUGCAUCCACCCAUUAUUAUGAAGGUGGAUAGUCCUGAAGGGCCAAAUGGAAAUGAAAUUGAAGACAAUGAAAAGAAUACAAAUGACCACAACAAAGAAGAUUUCAAAGUGUGUAGUCCCUUUAGGUCUUCCAUAACGAGUGCCCCCAAUCCGUUUGCAUCAUCUCAGAAUAGAAUAUCAAAAGGUAUUCUAAAACCACCACAGUUCAACUUGAAUAGUUCAACUGGACCCAGUAGCAAGCCCUUCGUUCUGAAACCAAGUCAACUUAAUCCUUUGGCCAAAAGGUCUGAUAAUAGUGAUAAAAUUAACAGUGAUAAAAGUGAUAACAGUGAUAAAAACAAUCAAGUUAAUGGUGAAACACCAAAAUUUGUUCCCCUAAUUGUUCCCGAAAGUAAAAUCCAACAACAAACUGUUAUACCAAAUCCCUCGAAGCACUCACCUUCACCACCCAACAGUGUUUCCAAUAGUACUUUUGUAUUUGGAGAAAAUUUACAAGAAAGAGUUUACGCUGGAGAAAAUAAACAGGAGGAACCAAAAGCUUCAACAAGUUUGGGUUCCAAUGGCACAUCAGAAAUGCUUUUUAGUAGUGCUAUUAAAAGCGACAUCAAAACUGAUGGUAUCACAAAAGAAAAGGAAGUGAAAUCUUUGAGUGAAUCAGCUAGAGAAUAUGAAGAAACGUCGAGGGCAAAUAAAAGAAAAUAUGAAGAAGUAGAAGUAAUAACUGGUGAAGAAGAUGAAAAUAAUAUUUUGAAAAUAUCAUGUAAAUUAUUUUCUUUUGACAAAGUUUCAAGCAGUUGGCAAGAACGAGGAAGAGGUACACUUAGGUUGAAUGAUUUUGAAAAUGAUGACCAUAUAGGAAGUAGAAUAGUCUUCCGGACUACAGGAAGUUUGAGGGUUAUACUCAAUACUAAGAUUUGGGCUGAAAUGGUUGUUGAUAAAGCGAGUGACAAAAGCAUUAGGAUAACUGCUCUGGAUGCUAAUGGAGAAGUUAAAGUUUUUCUCAUAAUGAGUACCAUUGAAGAUUCCAGUAAAUUAUAUAACCAUCUUCUUCCUCGUCUAGAAAGGGAAAUAUUUUCACAAAAACAUAAAAAGGCACAUAUACCAACCAAGAGUGAUUCGAAGAGCAACUAACUUGGGACAGCUUUUGAAUAUACAUACAAAAAUUCAUAGCAGCGUUUUGUGAUUGGUAGAUUAUUCUAUCAAUGGUAAAUUAUGUGUUGGAAAUCCGAUGUGCAAGUUUCUAUACAACACCCUGUACCUGACAGAAUGCACUGUAAAAUCUAUUCUGUUCUCAAUUACCAAUUCGCUAGAGUUAAAGUAGUAUAUUUAUUAUAAGGCAUUAUUUGAAACAUGUUUUAUUGGAUGUAAAUUUACAAGUUUGAUGGUGAAUCAAAUGUUAGAGAGUUAUGAAAAAAUUUUUCUCUCAGGUAUAGACUUAGUACUUUGUCUGUUCGUAAUUGGUAAUUCAGAAAUAUGUACAGUUUAUUGGAAUAUUGAAUCCACUAAUGGUUAAUAUAGCAGUCAGAUUUCAAAACUAUAUAAAUACAUGAAUUUUCAUUUUGUAAAUUUCUUAAUUAUCGAAUGUGAAUGUUAUAUUUUGGCUUAUACUUCGCUAGCCGUGUUUGAAUGUAUGGUUAAUUAUAUUUUGUAAUUCUUAGGCAAUAAAUUGAAUUUUAACAGAA